UGUGUGUAAAUGACAAAUCCACAUCACUGUGUCAGUUAAUUACCAUGUUUACUGGUUCCAUUAAGGCUCUUCAUGAUUGUGUGUGUGCUGUGAAACUCAGUAAAGCUCAUCCUCCUCAACACUGUAUAAAACUGUAACACACUGAAUGCAGCAAUGGUUCAUCAGUCUCAUCGAUUUCUUCCAUUUAAAAAUCAGUUUUUAGAGGUUGAAGGUUCAUGAUGGGCAGGUGUUGAAGCUCAGUGACGCCUCCCCUUGCAGCCUUUCAUGACUUCCUGUACAGUGCGAGGCGGAGCAACACUAGGGGAACUGUUAGUUUCUCAUUUCCUCAUGUGUGAGUUGAUCUCAGAGACAGCAGUGCUGCAAUGGAGACAAGUAUAUCGGUUUCUCUGUGAGGACAAAAUCAGCUGAUUCCAUCAGGUCUUUGUCAACGAAUCUCUGACAAACAGAGGAGGAGUCAGAGAAGUGUCCAGUUCAGACUGAGCGAUGGACUCUGAGGCCAGCGGGACGAUGGAGGUGGCGGCGCUCGGUCGGCCUUUCAGCCUCGGGAUGUUGUACGACUGCCGCAAAGACUCACUCGUCCCUGGAAUGACAUUGUGGGACCGAGAUGACCUGAGAAAUCAUAUUGGAGAAAGACCACAGAGCUAUAAUGAUUUUGAGAUAGUUGCAUCUGAAUCAAUUGCAGAUAAAUCAUCAGCACUAAAUGUUGAAGCAUCUCUGAAGGCAAGUUUCUUAAGUGGACUGGUGGAGGUUGGAGGAUCGGCCAAAUACCUGAGCGAUAGUAAGACUUCCAAAAAUCAGGCCAGAGUAACACUGAUGUACAAAGCUACCACAAAGGUUCAGGAACUGUCCAUGAAUCAUCUUGGAAGAGACAAUGUGAAGCAUCCAUAUGUCUUUGAUAAAGGAUUAGCAACACAUGUAGUCACAGCUAUCCUUUAUGGGGCACAAGCCUUCUUUGUCUUUGACCGUGAAGUGUCCGAAAAGGAAGAUCAUCAAGACAUUGAGGGCAACUUGAAGGUGAUGAUCAAGAAGAUUCCCAAAAUUGCAAUAGAGGGUGAAGGUUCACUGAAAAUGAAAGACAAGGACAGAGAAAAUGUUGAGAAAUUCUCCUGCAGAUUCUUUGGAGACUUUUCCCUUCAGAAGCCUCCUACAUCCUUUCAGGAUGCGGUAGAGGUCUACCAAAGUCUGCCAAAAUUGUUGGGAGCCAACGGAGAAAAUGCCGUACCAGUGAAGGUCUGGCUGUUGCCACUGACGAGUUUAGAUUCUUCUGCUGCAAAACUCGUGCGUCAGAUAAGUAUAAGAUUAGUUCAUGAAUCACAGAGUGUCCUGGAGGACUUCAGUGAGCUGGAAAUGAGGUGCAGUGAUGCACUGAGAACCACCACUGCACAGCAGUUCUCACAGAUCAGCAAGAAGAUUAAAACUUUUAAAGAAAUGUGCUCAGAGUUCAAGCUGGAAUUCCAACGAACCUUGGCAAAGAAACUUCCAUCAAUCCGAGGAGGAGGAGAAGAGGAGGCUGAGCUCGCAGAGAUCCUGAAGAAGAGACAUUCUUCUCCUUUCAACAGCAAAGAACUGAACGAGUGGAUGGACUGUAAAGAGAGAGAAAUCUGCAUCUUAAAGUCUUUCACCAACAUGAUGAAAAACACCAAGAUCGUUCCAUCUCAAAAUCACCUCUACAACGAAAUUCACAGUGCAGAGCAUGCAGUGUGUUUUGUUUUCACCUCACUGGGAAGUGCCGAACCCUUCCUCUCAGCUUUAUCAAACUACUUAACAGAAACACCCAAACCAGACGAACCUCGAGAUCCACAUACUGAUGAUGUAGAGAAGGAACUAUGGUACCUUUCAAACAAAGUACCAGAUGCAAUGAGUCACAAAGCAAAGCUCUUCAGUGACUUUGCAGAGGCCAACAAGGAGAACAAGAACAUUAAGUUCUUGACAGUUGGUUCAACAAAUGAGACACAGAAAGGUUCAAGCAUCUACCUUUAUGAAGACGGCUUUUCAGUCAGUGAGAACUUUGAGCCGCCUUCAAAGCCUGAAACAGUGACAGUCACUGAAACAAACCACAAGAGUGUGACACUGAAGAUUUCUCCACCAAAGUUUGGAGCAGAGAACAUCACCUCCUACUCUGUUGAGUACUGUGUCAGUGGAGACGAUGGAUGGAAACAGAAGACAGCAUCAGAAGCUGAAGAAGUCACAGUGAGUGAUCUGAGUCCUAACACAGAGUACAUGUUCAGGUGCAGAGCAGUGACCUCAGCAGGUGUUGGACCAGCCAAUGAAGUCAGUGGUUCCAUUAAAACCUUACCCUGCAGCCCUCCUGGAAAACCUCAAGUUGAACAAUACUCAAGUGAGAUAUCAGUCAGCUGGGAGAAACCUGCUGAGCUUGGACAGAAUGUCCACAUUUUGAGCUACAUCGUGGAGUACGCCAAAAAAGACAACAGUCUGAAAGAGGAAGAUCUCCAAUGGAGCCAAAAGAUGGCAGGAGCUGAGAGGGUGAUCAUUUCAGGUCUUCAGCCAGAGACAGAAUAUGUUGUCAGGGUCAGAUGUGAUUGCGGUAUUGCUGGCAGAAGCAAAGAAAGCAUCACUGUUACUGUCUGUACAACAGAAGCUACACCCCUCACAGACUUCCUCAAAAGUACAAGUGUUAAGAUAAGUUCUGAAUCUCCCUCAGUUUACAAACUGCCUCUGGAUGAAGGAGAUAUGGACAUAGAUGGAUGCAGAAGAUUCACUUUUGGCAAAGAAAGCACGAGGCAAAAUCGCACUGUUUUACUUUUUGGAGAGACCGGAUCAGGAAAGUCCACUCUGAUCAAUGCAAUGAUCAACUACAUUGUUGGUGUAGACUGGGAGGACAAUUUCAGAUUCAAACUGAUUGAUGAGGAUCAGUCGAGAUCACAAGCUGAAAGCCAGACCUCUGAAGUCACUGUGUACAAAAUCAACCACCAGGAGGGGUUUAAAAUAGAGCACUCACUGACCAUUGUUGACACUGCAGGGUUUGGAGGUACAAGAAACAUAGAAAGAGAGAAGGAGAUGAUUAAACAUCUGCGUCAUCUCUUCUUUGUCAAGCUUGGUGUCAGUGAAGUUGAUGCUGUGUGUUUAGUAGCUCAGGCUGCUUUCACACGACUCACACCAUCACUGAGAUAUGUGUUUGAUUCUGUGCUCUCAAUCUCUGGCACAGAUGUAGCAGGAAACAUCAGAGUUCUGGUGACAUCCGCAGACAGCCAGCAACCACCUGUCCUAGAGGCAAUCAAUGCUUCAGGCAUCCCAUGUCCUAAAACAACAGACGGUCUGCCAGUUCACUUCAAGUUCAAUAAUUCAGCGUUGUUUACUCGUAACAAAUCAUCUGUAGCAGACAACAUGAGAGGAGAUGAUGAAGAUGUAGGCAUAAAUCAGAUGUUCUGGAACAUCGGGACAAAAAGCAUGAGGAGGUUCUUUGUUGCUUUGAAUGUCAUAGAAACCAAAAGGUUGGACACACGUCAAGUCAUCCGUUUGACUAAGCUUUUGCAGGAGAUAGGUAAUCAACUUGAUAGUGAUUUAAAAAGUUACUGAACAGUGGAUUUUAAUCAGAACACAAGAGUGUAAGAUGGUUAAAGAAAACAAACACUAGUUGAAACAUCAGCACUUGAAACCCUCAGAGACACCUGUUGACUGAUUGAGAAACAUCUUUGAAAGCUUCCUUCACCUCAGUAUAACUUGUUUUAUGUUUGUAUUCUUCAUAUAAAUAUAUGUGGUCAGUACAUCUGGUGUAUGAAAUGUCUGUGUCGUCACAGCCCUGCUGCAUCUUUAUAAACACAUCUGUCGCUCGCAUCCAGACGCUGUCUCAGCGUCGGGCGAUAGACUUAAACUACCAAGUACGUUAUCGAUGUGUCGUUGAUUCACCUCACACACAAACAAGAGGCUCUGACUCACACACACAAACACACACAGUGCAAAAUUCUAUCGCACAUGUGCUACUGCUGUAAUUUCUUUCACUGCACAGACAGUUUUCCUGUAGCCAAUGUGACAUAUAUGUCUCACUGUACAUCCGCUUACUGCUGAUUUUAACAUUUGAAUCUACUGUUAAGUUUCUUUUCUUGAAGAUUUAAAAGCAUGAAGACAAUCUGAAUCAUUGUAAUUCCUCCUGAUACUGAUGUGUACUGACUCACAUGUUACUGUCCUGUUGGGUGAUACGAUGGAGAAAUCAUUCAAUCACUAAAUGAUGAACAACAAAUAAAUGUUAUUCUGACUCA